UCCGCCAAUGGCGGCGCGCAAUUCAUUUAAAAAUUUCACGUGUUCUAACCUUUAUAUUGAGUGUGUAAAUAUAAAUAUGUUGCCAUUUAGUAAAGAUUUAAAUUAACUAAUUAAAUAUUUAAAAUAAAUGAGUGAUUUUUUGAUUUGAAUGUAGUUUUUAAAUUUGUCAAUUAAAUUUAUUAUGCCAAUGGUUUUAAAUUGUUACCGCGUAAAUAAACAACUGGGAUUACUGAUUGUCAAUAAAAUAAAUAAUUUGUUUGUAAGAACGAAUUGCAAAACUGUAUUUAGAAUGGACGAAGCAUAUUUGCGAUAUACUGCUGGCAGUGAGACGUUUGAUUUCACAUUUCGUUUUUCUAAACCGGAAAUAAACAUCGACAGGCAGUUCAAUUUCUCCAGAAGGACUUCAGAGAAUGUAGAAAAUUUUCUGCGGAGGCUUGACGCUAACGUGACAAAAGUUUUGGAUAAAAGGACUAAAAAAAUGAUGAGAAAAAAUAAAAAAAAAUUUUCAUCUUCUCAGGAAGAACUAGUGGAAGAACAAGUCGACAAUGUCAAGGCGGGAAAUAUUUUUCUGAUCAAAAAUAAUGACAAGAUAAAUUUAUUGGAGCCUUGUAGUAAAUUUCUGGAGGAUCCUUCUCAACUCAAGAUUUCUAUCUUAGGAAAAAUGUAUGACGUUAAAGUAAAUGUACCUUGGAUAUUGAAUGUCACUUUACCCACCUGCAUUUUGGCCAAUUUUCCAGUCUAUCCAUCCGAGUUUGAAUCCAUUCAUGUCGACAAAAAGCUGUCAGAUUUUACCUGGUACAAAACGGUGCUCGAUGACAGGAAGAAGACAACCUGGGAGCUGGUUGGCGAGGGAUUUCUUUACACUCCCAGUGUCAAAGAUAUUGGAGCUAAACUUAAACUGAAAUGUUUGCCUCGGAAUGAGCGACAUGAAGGCCCGGAAAUCGAAGUCGAAGCUAAAGUUGAUGUUGAAGCUGGUCCAGGUGUUUGUCCUUUUGAAACCCGACAUGCAUUUACUCGAAACAAGUUGACUGAUAGUUACUUCCGUGUCACUUCUUAUAAUAUUUUAGCUGAUACUUAUGCUGAUUCUGAUUAUUCCCGUGACGUUUUGUUUCCAUAUUGCCCACCUUAUGCUCUGGCCAUUGAUUACCGCAAGCUUUUGAUUAUCAAAGAGCUGAUAGGAUAUAAUUCAGAUAUCAUUUGCUUGCAAGAAGUUGACCGCAAAAUUUACGAAAAUGACUUACAGCCGUCACUGUCUCUGCUAAAUUACGGUGGAGUUUUUUUUGCAAAAGGAAUCACCAGCGAAGGCUCGGCUAUUAUGUACGACAACAAACGGUUUGAAAUUUUAGAUCACAAAGGAAUUGUUAUGAGUGAAGGCAUUGAUGAUAAUUUAGUUUUUAAAAAUACCUGGGAUAAAAUAACAAAUGAGGAAGCGCGGCAGAGAUUUAAAGACCGGAAUACAUCAAUAUUGAUAGUAGUUUUAAAAUCUCUAGAUAAUCCUAAAGAAAUUCUAGUAAUAGGAAACACUCAUCUUUACUUUCAUCCAGACGCAGACCACAUAAGAUUACUGCAGUCAUACUUCAGUUUGACUGCUUGCCAAGACACUGCAGAUAAAAUUCGUCAGCAGUAUCCUGAGCACAACGUGACUCUGAUGCUGUGCGGAGAUUUCAACAGUACGCCAGUCGAUGGAGUUUAUGAGUUUGUGACGAAGAAUAAUAUUCCAGCGAACCACAAAGAUUGGUCUUCAAAUGCCGAACAAAAAAUAGAAAACGUCUCAGUGUCUCACAACUUGGCUCUAAAAAGUGCAUGCGGAACUCCAGAGUUCACGAACUUCACCGUCGAGUUCGCUGAUUGUUUGGAUUACAUUUUCUACGAGUCAAACAAAUUGGAAGUGAGCCAAGUAAUUCCUAUGCCAAGUAGAGAAGAGCUGGCCCUAAAUAGCGCCAUACCUUCAGUCGUAUUUCCAAGUGAUCAUGUUGCCAUUUGCGCGGAUAUGAAGUGGCGCUCACCCCAAUAAAAAAAAUAAAUAAAUACUUUACUAAUUGUAAUCACAAUAUAUAUAUAUUUAUAUAUAUAUUAAUUACUAUAAUAUUCUGUCUUUCAAAUUAGUACCUAAGCACAUUAGUAUGAAAUUUAAUAAAUACAUUUUUAUUAUUUUA